UUGUGGCGAUAUGUCAUUGCUGGAGCAGCUUUGGCAGCGUUAGGACGUGCCCCGUGCUGGAUACCGAGCAGCAGUGGCAGGUGCUGUUAUCUCUGCUCCAAUUGGAUGCGAUGAAAUCGAAGAAAUCGGCCUUUGCCAAUACAUCAACGGGCUACGGCAGGCACAAGCAUAGCGGACACGCCAAAGGACACGCCCACAACAAGGAUAAGGCAGAGGGCAAGGGCAAGCAGAGCAAGGAGCAGAAGCUGCCUGAGCAAAAGGAUGAGCAGGAUAAGGAUCUAAACUCCGGCUUCGGGGACUAUCUGCGCACGCCGGAGGCAUUUGAGAUGAUGAAAUUGUUUGUCUUUGCCAAUACGAUUAUGUUGAUUGUGACCAUGGCCUGGCCUCAUAUUAAGGAACAGUUCUUUAUGCUAAACCAAUGGUGGGAAAGCUUCCGAGAACAGCAACAGAAACAAUAGACCUAGAGAAA